CGCAUCGGCUCUAAUUAAAACGUUGAGGGCCUUUCGCUUUGUCGGUCCGAAGUGUGGAAACGCAGCUGUUCAUUUUGAUCAGGCAUUAAUAAUCAUCGAGUCAAAAAGGCCAUUGAGAGGGCAGAAGUAGAGAUAGCAAGGAUAGAUAAGACACUGACGGACUCGAGUGCACAUCACAAAAAAGGUGGCAAGUCACAAAAGCGCUUCGCCAAGUGCAUACACAGAGAGAUAUUGAUCAGGAAAACGUUCAUCAAAGGAAGCAGAAUUCAACUGAAUGGUCUUGUAACAAGUACUGGUGUGUCAAAAAAAUGGCUGCACUCCAUCAAGACCGAACGAAAGAUUUUAGCGAUUACUCCAAGAAACCGCUUGAGUCUUCUCUAAAAACGCGAAUCUGUGCCGUGUGCGGUGACAAAGCGUCUGGCUUCCAUUACGGCGUUCAAAGUUGCGAAGGAUGUAAAAGUUUUUUCAAAAGAACGAUUCAAAAACAACUGCAGUAUAUUUGUGUGGAGGAGAAGGAUUGCACCAUCGAUAAAAGCAACCGAAUAAGAUGCCAAUAUUGUCGCUUUCAAAAAUGCAUUAAACUUGGGAUGCUGAAGGAAGCCGUGAGGGAAGACAGGGCGCCUGGCGGUCGACCAAGGAUUAAGUCUUUACUAACUUUAAAAGAACAUCAGGAAACGUAUGGUUCAUCACAGAUGAUAUUGGAGUUCAUUCAAGCCAGGCCAGACUGUGUUCCAUCCAUUAAAUUGGACGGUCAUACCAUGACAGUACACGACCUUUAUCAUUUCCACACAGUCGAGAUCCUGAUGGAGGUCGCCGUGCAAGAAUUACAGAUGAUUAUUAAAUGGGCAAAACAACUUUCAAGUUUCAACACAAUGGAUGUGGAUGAUCAGAUCAAUCUUCUUAGUGAAGCUGCCUUGGAACUGUGGGUGUUCAGAAUCUGUCAACGGUCGAGUCCUCACCAAGGCUUCGUUGUGUUUGCCAAGGAAGUUGUGUGGCAUGUUGACUAUCAAUCUCACGUUGUGAUCGGUCAAUGGGUCAGUUUGUUGCUGAUGUACGCUCGUAAGCUGCAGACCCUACAACUGGAUAUGGCCGAGUUUGCUUGUCUCAGCACAAUACUUUUGUUCACACAAGAGCCGUGUUCUAAGCUCAGAAAUUACGAUGCAGUUGAAGAAAACCUAAAACAAGCAAUCUGCUGUCUUAAAGAUUACAUCAAAUGUUCGUAUCCAGAAAAGACAAACAGAUUUGCUCAGAUCAUAUUGAAACUGCCUUCUUUACGUGAGGUCUGCAUCAACGCAAAGAAACAAUCGUUGUUUGCAAAAUCCUUUGCCAGUUUCGCAUUGCCAACGAUUUCUUCAAUGCUCGUUCAACAAUGAAGAUAUGGCGUGGUGUACUAAUGAACUUAUGCAGAGAAUAUGACGGCGUGCGAUAUAAUAGAACCCAGUUAGAAGAGAUUUAUAAUCACAGUUACAAUAUAUAAUAAUUAU